AUGACAUGCUCGCUUGUGGAUGAAGUAAUUUUUUAUGUCAAGCAAAUAGUAAGUUUUCCAAUCCGUUUGACCACUGUUUUUGUUUCUGUACCCUUCAAAGAACUUGUCUUUGCUCUUAAAUACGUUGUUGAUAAUCUUACUGAGGACAGUUUCUCAAAUAUAAGAUGUAAUUUUGUAGAUCUGAUUUACGAUAGAGUUAGAGUUGACCAAGUACACAACGUCAGUUUUCCGUCGGCUAUAUUAAUCACAAGUAGAAAAUCGGGUAACAGACAUAUCCCAAGACUCGCUGGCAAAGCAGCUCACGCUAUUUCUGGUUCAUUAUUAGCUGUUGUUGCUGUUGUUGCAAAUCUAGUUCAUCUUUCUCGCUGUGAUGAUUAG